AUGGCUGUCUGCUUCCUCGUCUUCCUUCCUGUGCUGGGAAUUCCCUGGGGUCAGUGUCUGGGUGUCCUGUCUCAGGUGCAGCUGCAGGAGUCAGGCUACACGGUGGUGCAGCCCUCGCAGACCCUGUCCCUCACCUGUGCCAUCUCUGGGGACAGUGUCUCCAGCAACAGUGCUGCUUGGAACUGGGUCAGGCAGCCCCCAGGGAAAGGGCUCCGGUGUCUGGGAAGGACCUUCAAUUCCAAGUGCUACAGAGAGUACGUGCCAUCUCUCCAAAGUCGGUUAUUCAUGGACCCAGACACGUCCAAGAACCAGUUCUCCCUGCAGCUGAGGUCUGUGACCACCGAGAACACUGCCCUGUAUUACUGUGCAAGAGACACGGACCCAACGUCUCUGAACCAGCAGCCUGGGGAGGUGCGAGCAGGGUCUGAGGCUGAGCAGAGAGCAGGGCUUUGGGAUGAGGCAGCCGCCCUGCACAGCUCAUCCAUCAGCACGGUUAGCUACUGGAUGGGCUGGGUCCGCCAGGCUCCAGGGAAGGGCCUGGAGUGGGUCUCAUUCAUUACUGAUUAUGGUGGUAGCAUAUACUAUGCCAACGCUGUCAAGGGCCGAUUCACCAUCUCCAGGGACAACACCAAGAACACGCUGUAUCUGCAAAUGAACAGCCUGACAGCCGAGGACAUGGCCGUGUAUUACUGUGAGGGAAAGGGCCGCUCUCAGCAUCCGUGGGAAUUACCAAGCCCACCGUCCAAUGUUCUCAUCGAGGUGCCUCUCCACCCGAAGUGCAUGAAGGUUCUGAACGUCCCACAUCUUCAAGGGGUGAGGCCCUCACUUCAUCCGGCCUCCCAGCCGCGCUCGCCCAGCACUCACCCUCACCACGUCCUCCUCUCGGAGCUCUCCCGCAUCUGCUCGGCCCUUAUCCUGCACGAGGAUGAAGAGGUGCUGGAGGAUAAGAUCAACGCCCUCAGUAAAGCAGCUGGUGCAAAUGUUGAACCUUCCUGGCCAGCCUUGUUUGCAAAGGCUCUGGCCAGUGUCAACAUGGGGAGUCUCAUCUGCAAUGUGGGGGCUGGUGGACCUGCCCCUGCAGCCAGUGCUGCACCAGCAGGAGGUCCUGCCCCCUCCACCGCUGCUGCCCCAGCUGAGGAGAAGAAAGUGGAAGCAAAGAAAGAAGAAUCUGAGGAGUCUGAUCAUGACAUGGGCUUUGGUCUUUUUGACUAAACUAGCUCUUUUGUAACACAUUCAAUAAAAGCUGACCCGUUG